GCAUCGUGUUUAUUUCAAUGGAGAUUGAUUCUGAAUAGGACUUUUUCGUAUUGGAAAAAUAUAUUUCAUCUGCAAGCCUUUACAAAAUAUGAUGCAUUUUUUUUAUUGUCCUCUCCUGCAGCACUUCACAUGGCUGCUGCAAAUGGGCACGUUGAUAUUGUAGAGUAUCUUAUCCGCAAUGGAGUGGAUGUAAAUACUUCUAACACGGAGAAGAAUACUCCACUGCAUUGGGCUUGUCUCAAUGGAAAAAAAGAGGUGGUAAGGGCUUUGAUUCUGGCUGGAGCAAAUGUAAGUUUGCUAAAUAGCUAUGAACGCACCCCAAUGGAUGAAGCCGUUGCCAGGGGGGAGAUGGACGUUGUUGAUGCGAUCAAUGCUGUGGUAGCUCAGGCUGAACUUCAGGGAGUUGGUGUUUUUUAGUACAGUGAUUGCAUGCUGCG